AUGGCGUACCCGGCGUACGACACUCAUCCUCAGAUGCACCGAUCCCUAUCGUACGGACAACAGUACGCAUAUCCUCCGGCAGGCGUAGCAUACAGCCAGCCACUCACCGGCACCCCUGGAGUGUAUGAUACAUAUGGCCAGGGGAACUACCCGGCGGCGUACACGCCUGGACGUAGCAUGAGUCAAUACGCCUAUGACGACAUGAACAUAAGGAACUCGUACUUUCCCGAGACCUACGCUUCCUCCGGUUACGCUACGCCUUACGCCCCCAACUUGUCCCGCCGCCGGUCAUCCAUGCACUCGCGGUCGCGCUCGCGCUCGCGGAUGGGGCAUGACGGCUACCGCGGGCUCGGUAGCACCUUGAUCAAGUUCAAGCGCAAGGGCGGUUUCCGUUCCGGUGUCACGCUCGGCGAGGCCAUGUCGAACGCGAUGUUGUCCGGCAACGAUUCCUACUCCCACUACGACUUCAACGCCGACCACAGGGGAAAGAUCAUUCUGAAAAUUCGAUGGACUGGCUAUACGUCAAUGACGUAUGAGCUGCCGGUCGAUAACUAUGAUGGACGCGUAGAACUCCAGACGCUCGCCAGGCGUGUGGCUCGCGCUUGCGUACAUUUCAUUCAGCUGCCUCCAAAUCAAUACACAAUCCUCGCCGCAUUCAUUCUGACUUGUCCUGGCGUAGUCAAAGUCAUUUCGCUUGCCACGGGCUCCAAAUGUCUCCCUACGGACCGAUUCGCAAAGGAAGGGGACGCUCUGCAUGACAGCCAUGCUGAAGUGCUCGCCAGAAGAGGCGCGGUAUGCUGGCUCAUGACUGAACUGCGCCGAGCAAGUGGCGACCAGCAGGAUUCCGCGUGGCUUCGAAGGACCCAUGACGGAAGAUACUCGCUCAGAGACGGUGUCCACUUACAUCUAUAUGUAUCCACUGUUCCAUGUGGUGAUGCAUCGACCCGCUUCCUCGCCUCUUGUCAGGAUGCAGAAAUGGCGGCCCUGAAGGACUCCACCCGGUUCCCUGAGCUUCCUCCAACUACGGCUUCACGAGGUCGCAAUAACUAUUCUCUGUAUGGAGUGCUUAGAACCAAGCCCGGUCGUGCGGAUUCGCCGCCCACUAUCUGCAUGUCUUGCAGUGACAAGAUUGCCCGGUGGAAUGUGCUAGGCAUCCAGGGAGCUCUCCCUUCAAGGAUACUCUCUCCUGUCUACAUCAACUCCAUCAUCAUUGGAGAGGUUGAAGCAGACAUGCAAGACACGGUCCGUGCUGAUUGUGAGCGAGCUUUCUCGCAGAGGCUCAGUGAGAUGACCACGGCGAGACUACCGGAUGACUUCAGACUGAAUGUGCCCAGCAUCGCCUUCACAUCGCGGCCAUUCAUUCACUCGCGAACAUCAUUAGGAGUCGCUAGCUCAUGCAACGACUCCCUGUGCUACGUCGCAAAUUCUGUGAAGCCUCACGAAGUGCUCAUCAACGGUGUGAAGCGCGGUGUCUCGCCCAAACACCGCCACAACGCGAAGUUCCGCCCUCAGCUCUGCAAGUUGGCACUCUGGGAACUCUCUGAGCGGGCCGCGCUCGAGCUUGGGCGUCCUGCGGAAGGUGAUUCCACAUAUUACGAGAGCAAGCAGGCGGCUGCACAUUAUCAAACGGCCAAAGAAGCGCUGCAAGGCCCCAGUGGGCCCUUCGCAGGGUGGAUCCGGAGCGGCCAGGAGUGGGAGAGUUUCCACCUGCCGUCGAGACGCGACGCAAGUCAAUAG